GCGCCACAGCUUCCUCUUUAAUCCGGGCAGGGGUGACAUCAUUACCCAGGAAGAGUGGGGGGUGCAUUGGGAAACGCCAUUUUCGCGUUCCGCGCAGUCAGUGUGUCAUCUAGCCAGUGUGGACCAGCGAGCUGCCACCUUCAGGGGCGACUAGUCAACUUUUAAUUUAUCUCCAUGAAACCGCUAUCGAGUUAGUUUGACGGGGAGCGUUCCUACCGCCAUGGACGUACAGGAGAACAGCCUCUUCUAGAAUGGCUCAGUCUAAAGCCAGUGUUUGACAGAUAGGCGGCUAGCUGUGUAGCUAGCUAGCUGGUCAUCAUUAACGGCGGCUGAUGCAGUGACUCUCAGUCGGCGAACGUAUCACAGCAGCAGGCGGAUGCAGUUUGGAAAUUCUCAUUUAUAGCUUAUAUUUUCACGAUUAUCACCAACCGCUGUCGGUCAAGGGAACAACGCCUCCAUCUGGAAAAUACGUGAUUUAAAAGGCAAAGAGGCAAGGAAACGAUUGUUACCGUCAAGCUACACUGGCAACAGAUGUCCUAGAGAACGGAUGCGUGAGGACAUGUCCACUAUGGUGUGUGUGAAGGAGGAGGAGGACCCCGGGGAGAAGCUGUCCCAGGAUGAGAUCAUCUCCCGGACCAAGCAGGUGAUCCAGGGGCUGGAGGCCUUGAAGCAGGAGCACCACUCCAUCCUGGAGGGCCUGCUGGGCACCCUGCGCUGCCUGAAGCAGGACGAGGAGGGCGUCCUAGUAGAGGAGAAGUCCCACAUGAUCCGCAAGUCCCUGGAGAUGCUGGAGCUUGGCCUGAGUGAGGCACAGGUGAUGAUGGCACUGUCAAGCCACCUGAGCUCGGUGGAGUCAGAGAAGCAGAAGCUGCGGGCUCAGGUGCGUCGGCUCUGCCAGGAGAACCAGUGGCUAAGGGAUGAGCUGGCCGGGACGCAGCAGAAACUGCAGAAGAGCGAGCAGAGCGUGGCCCAGCUGGAGGAGGAGAAGAAGCACUUGGAGUUCAUGAACCAGCUGAAGAAGUACGACGACGACUUGUCUCCAUCUGAGGAGAAGGACUCUGACUCAAGUAAAGAGACUCUGGACGACCUCUUCCCUGAUGACCAGGACGACCAAGCCCCAGGCAUCCAGCCAGCUCAUGCCAGUGCUGCAGCAGCGGCUGCCCAGCAGGGAGGCUACGAGAUCCCGGCCCGUCUGAGGACCCUCCACAACCUGGUGAUCCAGUAUGCCUCACAGGGCAGGUAUGAGGUGGCUGUGCCCCUCUGCAAACAGGCCCUGGAAGACCUGGAGAAGACCUCUGGACACGACCACCCGGAUGUGGCCACUAUGCUUAACAUCCUAGCCCUUGUUUACAGGGAUCAGAACAAAUACAAAGAAGCAGCCAAUCUACUGAAUGAUGCUCUGGCCAUCAGGGAGAAGACGCUCGGCAGGGACCAUCCAGCCGUUGCUGCCACCCUCAACAACCUGGCUGUUCUGUAUGGGAAGAGAGGAAAGUACAAGGAAGCUGAGCCUCUGUGCAAGAGAGCACUGGAGAUCAGAGAAAAGGUGCUGGGGAAGGACCACCCAGAUGUGGCCAAGCAGCUGAACAACUUGGCCUUGCUGUGUCAGAACCAGGGCAAGUACGAAGAGGUGGAGUACUACUACAUGAGAGCACUGGAGAUCUACCAGACCAAACUGGGCCCUGACGAUCCCAACGUGGCCAAGACCAAGAACAACCUGGCAUCCUGCUACCUGAAGCAGGGCAAGUUCAAGCAGGCUGAGUGUCUGUAUAAAGAAAUCCUCACUCGCGCUCAUGAGAAGGAGUUCGGCUCUGUUGACGAUGAGAACAAACCGAUCUGGAUGCACGCUGAGGAGAGAGAAGAGCAAAGCAAGGGGAGGCAGAAGGACGGCUCACCGUUUGGUGAAUAUGGAGGCUGGUACAAAGCCUGUAAAGUCGACAGCCCGACAGUGACCACCACCCUGAAGAACCUGGGCGCCCUCUACAGGCGGCAGGGCAAGUUCGAGGCGGCUGAGACACUGGAGGAAGCUGCCAUGCGUUCCAGGAAGCAGGGUCUGGAUAAUGUGCACAAGCAGCGCGUGGCCGAGGUCCUGAGCGAGCCAGAGGUCCGUGAGAAGCAGCGGAGCCGCGAAAGUUUGAACUCUGACACGGUGAAAUACGAGAGCGGGCCGGACGGUGGCGAGGAAGUGAGUAUGAGCGUGGAGUGGAACGGGGCAUAACUCCAGAUGCCUUGUACUGGUUUAAAAACGUAGCUUCUGCAUGACGGACGCCUCGCCUCGCCUCGCCUCAGCCCUUCAGCUUUGCAGUUUUCUUCAGCUCUCGACUCUCCCCCCUCUUUUCUCCUCCACCACCUCUGGGCUCUAGAAGGACUCUCCACGUCGGGUGGAACCAGAGCGAUAAUGUUACACCCUCCUCUCUGUGGGGGAGACGGCCCAUGUGUCUGAAUCCAAACUCUUGCUUCCUCCACCCAACUGUGUAUAUCUGCAGUGGGUGGGGGAGGACUGGGGUGAUGCUUCUUUAAUCUUGUGCUCCUUCCCUUGUUCUUCCUCCUGUCCUUUAACACUAGCCUCUGUUUCUCUGCUGUCACUCACACUGGCUGUAGACUCAUUCCGUAGGUUUCUGACACUAGCAGGCAAACAAAAGGAGAGCCCUGAACUUUAACAUGAAAAGUUUCACCUGUUUUCAUCACAGCGUGGGUCGGGAUAAUUAUUCUGUUUAAGAGUGAAAAUAUAUGCUGAUUUCUAAAUGGUUUCAUAGCCAGUAGUGUUUAAGUUGCUUCAUGUUAGUCCACAGAAACUCCAAAAAAUGUAGUUAAUCCUUUUCAACACGUGAAUUUAUUAUUGCAAAAUGUUUCGCUGACUAAGGAUGAUCAGUAUCAUCUUAACAUGUGGCCUGUUAAAGUGUGAGCAGUUGUAGUGUGUCUGAAAAGACAUGUUUAGUUUGGACUUGUAGGGGACCAGAGCCAAAUCUAUGAAACUGUAAAGAGAAUAAAAAAACACUGAAUGGCCUCAAAAGGAAAAUCUAAAAUUCACAGCAUGUUGUAAACAGUAUUUACGUGCACGUCCAUGUGUUCAGGUGCGUCUCCAGGUAUGAUAUGAUCAGAGUUAGAGCUCCUUCCCUCCCCAUCGUUUCAUCUGUCCUUGAUGGUUUAUGCAUUUUAAAUCAACAUUAACACCUUAAAUAAUUAGUGGUAACUGAAACCAUCUUCAGCUCAUAGAGACUUAACGUGCUGUAAAUAACGUGGGCGUCUCGUCAGCAUGAUCGGGAGCGCCGUCGACUGUAGCUCUGUAGGUUUCUUCCAUUAGAGUUUAGUCAGUAGUGGCUCAUCUGUGCUGUGUCAUCUGUUCACAGUGAUAUCAGACUAAACUUCAGUGUUGUGUUGUCACAUAAAAGGUAAUGGGUUUCAUGCACAAUGGAGUUUCAGGUGGAUGUUUAAUGAAGCUGCUUCAGUAGAAAGUUUCCCACUAAAUGUCAAAACGUGUAGAGAAAGAAGUGAAGCCUAGACAUGGUGCAUCCAGCCUGUUGACCUCCUGUAUAGCUCUGUAUAUAGAUGUAAGGGCAGCGUCUCAUUUGUUGGAUUUUGGGAACUGAACUGGCCUCCUUGUCUCUCUGUUGGCUCCUGCUCCUAACUGUCUGCAUAUCCUGUUUAUGCAUCUUACACUUUCUUAACUUCUAAUAAAACCUCAACUCUUGGCUCACCUGAACCUGCGCCUGUGGCCUGUUUGUGUGCUCCCUCUUUUCUGUGUGUGCCUUCUUAACCGAUGCGUCUCUUGGUGCUCAGACUGACCGGCUGCCCUGCACAUUGAAUGGGGUGGAGUCAAAGCAGCUGUUGAAAAUUCAUGAAACUAACUCCAUGUACUACCACGUCCUCGUUAACAGCAAGAACUGACUUUCCUUCAGUCUUCGUUGAAUAAAUGUUUAUAAGGUGUGGACGAGACGUUUCAGGAGAUAAAAUGCAUAUUUGUCCCUGAAGGAUAAAACAUUAUCCUCCAGAGCAGUUUGAAAACAGAAGUUGGUACCAAAUCAUUAGGUCUCUUCAUCACUUCCUCAUCUUAAUUGAUCUUUGAAGUGAAAUUAGUUAAUAAAAAUGGAACAAACAACAAUUUGGUUUUAGAUUUCAGACCGACUACAGUUUCAGUUUCUUUCAUAGAGGUUAUGAAACAAACUCUACUGUGAAGACGGUUCACUUUGCUCUGAUUCACCACAGAGUGGAGCUUUUUGUUGUACAAAUAGUUUUAAAGGCAGAAGAAUCAGUUUUUGUUUUUAAUCAACUGAUCAUUUCUGCCGCUAUUAGUUUGUCCCACAUGUAUCAACACAUAUCAGUGUAAAUCUCUGCUGGUGAGUAACAAGAAUAAUAAAAAAGUAGUUGUUGGAGCACAUUUACAAAGUGUUGUCAUCAGGUGAAACACGUGUUUCUCAGUCCAGAUGUCACUCAGUGUUUGACAGAUGGAAGGAUCCUCGUGUUUGUUCAAGCUUUAAGUUCCCUGUUUAGCAUUUAUAAGCAGCAUAUAAACAGUUAAUAAAUGAUUUGUAGCACAUUAUUGUGUAACAUAAGGAAUAAAUCAACUCAAUAUUAACAAUUGAAAGUGGUAUGAAGACGAUGUAAGUGUCUUACUGUCUUCUUCUGUAUCUGUUCAUACAGGAGCAUUAGCUUGUGAGAGAGAAACUAGUUGACAAUUUCCUUAAUACGUACACCAUCUUAAAACUUCAUUAGUGUGUAUUAAACAUUUAAAAUGUCUAUAUCCUGCUCAUAAAUGCUAGGUAGGAGAAAUUAGUGUUUCUCUGUGAUUACUGCCAUCUGUAUUUGCAAGUUGAAUACGUCAGCCUUGACCUCAAAUGAACUGUAGUUUAAUUGUACUUAAAAAUAAGUAGUGCCGAGGGAUUUUAGGAUAGUUAACCAGGUUAAUACUAGUUUCAUAUGUUGUAGCUGUCGGUCGCUAAUGUGAUUUGUUUAAACUCUAAAGGUUAGCUUGGACAGAGACUGAUUUUGCAGGACAGGAAUGCUGAGGAGACGACGUCUGAUUGGGUUCCCACUGUGCUCAGCUUCUUCCUUAGUCCGACUUUACUCAGCCACAGAAACUAGCUGUUCGACUCUGGCCUCUGAUUUACAAUAUCGUUGUUGUGGAGUGUUAGGAAAAAAGUCACUGGCAGCACAGUUUCUAGUCCAGACCAUGAACAGUCUGCCUGCUCAAACAGAAAGUCAGUCAUUUAGUUCAGGGUCCUUAUACAAGGACACAAAAAAUAAAUAGCCACACAGCCUUGGUCUGUCUGAAGUGUUGUGGCGAACAUGAGGCUGGGCUGAUUUCCCCCCCCUGGUUCCUGGUUAUGUUGAAAUAAUCAAGGUCAACACUUGGUUAGAAGCGGCCGGUCCGUUUAGGUGCCUGGAACUGGACACACUCAGUAAAGUCUCAGAGCUGUUUAUGUUCCUUAGUAGAGCUGUGCUGAAGUUGGAGGUGGUGAAACUGUGCUGGUCACGUGAGUCUCUGAUCUCAUGUACUGACAGAGGAAGGUGGAAUCUGUCUCACACUAACAGGUGCAGCUCCUGUGAGUGUGCAGGGCCUUUUCCAGCUGCUCAGAACAACACACAGGUUCCUGAGUCUGGAGCUUUGCCACACCUGAGUGUGCAUCUGCAUUUGCAUUACGUAUGCACACGACAGUUUGCAUGAGAAAUUGUCCAGCUCUUUAUUCACCCCACAUACUGUACGUUUCUUUGUGUGUGUGUGUAUUGGCUUUUGACCAGUGGUACAUGGGGGGGGUACAUUUAGAGGACUGUGUGCGGAUGAGUGUAACCCUGUGACGUUUCC